UUGUGUGACUCCUGGCGAUUUGCCUGUUGGAGAGCCAGUGGUUUGUCUGCUGACAAUGUCGUGGGACUGUGGCCUCAGGUACAUGUUCUCCGUCUCCCCGGCACUGCAGCAAGGGAAGUGCAUCAUGCAUGACAAGGAGGACCUGUCCAGGCUGGAGAUGGUCCAGAAACUGGCAAAGGAUGGCUGUCGUUUCCUGCAAAACCACAGCAAGAGCCCGGAGAGGACAAGUGAGCCACAGAGUGACGAGGCAGUCCGCUUGUGUCUGAGAGAGAGGGGCCACGAUGUGCUGGUUCUCCAGAGAGUGUCGUCAGAGCAGUCAGCCCUCUCUGCAUCGGCGAGGGGAGGAGGCAGAGCAGAGACAAGGAACAGGAGCAAGAACCACAGCCGGAGUGAGAGCACAGGAACUCUGCAAAGGAUGGGAUCUCGUCCACCUCCCCUCCACCUGCAGCAGGAGGAGGGAAGGCUCCUGCAGCACGCUGCCCUGGUGGAGCAGGAGGAGGAUGAUGAAGACGAGGAAGGCUCAGAGCAGAGCAGCACCGACAGCACCAGCCGGGCCGAGCCGGUGACCAUGCCCACUUUUGAUGUCCCCUACUUUCGCUACAUAGAUGACGAGGGCACGGAGGGAGAGGAGGACUGGAGCAGCAGCCGAUCUCUGUCCUCGAUGGAGGAGGACUCGUCCGCUGACUCUGUUGUGUCUGACAGGUACGUGGUGGUGUCAGGGACCCCCGAGAAGAUCCUGGAGCACUUGCUCAGUGACCUGACACUGGACGACGACCAAGGGACGACACAGGGCAAAGAGUCAGAUACACUUCUGGAUGAUUUUCUUCUCACGUACCCACGGCACAGAGGAAAAGAGGACCGGAGGGAAGCUCUGGAGAGGAAACAAAAACUCCUGCACCUGGUGUCGCAGUGGAUGUCUCUGUGUAAAGACUUCCUGAGAGAAGACGAACAGGUCAAACUCUUCAUGAAGACUCUGUAUCGCUACGUGUUGGAUGAUCUUUAUGAGCACCCGGGCCUGGAGAAGGACAUGGGGGAGCUGCAAAAACUCUACCAGCUGCAGCGCAGACACACGUUGGAUGAUUAUUCACCUAACAGAAAGAGCAAAGUUCUCUCCCAUCAGCUGAGCUUGAAAGAGAACGGGCUGUACUCCAGAAGGACACAGAAAGGGGCCAAUGAAGUGGUGUGUCAUAUUUAUGUCACCAUGGACUCUUACCUAAGUAUGAGGGUCCAUUCUGAAGUUGUGGCCCAGGAGCUGUUGCAGGUAGUGGCGGAAAGAAUGGAAGUCCCUAAUGGACAACUGGUUCUUGUGGCCAUCACUUAUCCUGGAGGCAGACUACUUUUGCAGCCUCAGGACAAAGUUUUUUCCAAUUCUUUACGGCCUGUGGGGAGGCUGCAUGCGUGCAGGAAAGACCUCGGUGAAGUCCUGAACCCGUUCACAAACGACUCACAGCUGCAACAGAGGACAGCUCAGAUGUUGAGUUUGAACACAUGGGAUAUCGCUGUUGCGCUUACAGAGUUUGACUGGACCAUUUUUGAUUCAAUGCACGAGCAAGAAUUGGUUUACUUCACCUUCAGCCGCCACGCCUGCAGUAGGCACACCCUGGAGCUGGAGCUGCUGCUGCAGCGCUGCAAUGAAGUCCAGCUGUGGGUGAUGACUGAGGUGCUUCUGUGCCCAGUGCUCUGCAAAAGGGUCCAGCUCAUCAAGAAGUUCAUCAAGAUUGCUGCCCACUGUAAAGCACAAAGGAACCUCAACUGUUUCUUUGCCAUCAUUAUGGGAUUGAAUGCUGCAGCUGUUGGCCGCCUCACUCAGACAUGGGAGAAAAUUCCUGGGAAAUUUAAGAAGCUGUUUUCAGAGCUGGAGACUGUCACGGAUCCAAGUCUGAACCACAAGGCGUACAGGGACUCCUUCAGGAAGAUGAAAGCUCCAAAGAUUCCUUUUCUUCCUCUGCUUCUGAAAGAUAUUACAUUCAUUCACGAAGGCAACAAGACUUUUCAGGAUAACCUGGUCAAUUUUGAAAAGCUGCACAUGAUAGCAGACAUGGAGAGGCUCAUCAGGCAGUGUCAGAAAGAUCCCAUGGGAAAUGGAAUUACCCAGAAAAGCAGCUCAGAGGUGCGAGCCUACAUCAACUACCUUCAUAUCAUUGACAAUCAGCAGACCCUGUUUGAAUUGUCACACAGGCUGGAGCCUCGGGCGUAGUGAAAAGCUCUUUCCCUCUCUGUCAGCCACUCUGUGGGACUGCCAAGGAACACCCUAUCGCUGUAUCAUCAGGUAUCGCUCAGGACUCGGUCAGCAAUCACAGGAGCAGAAAUCUGGCUGAGCACAGGAGGAAAACACCAUCACCACAGAGCAAAAAAGACACAGUUCAUGACGGAUCUCACGAUUGAAAAAAAUGCUUUUUAUAGAUGUGCAACAGAGACUGGCCCACAGCAGCUGAGAGCAUGCUCCAACAACCCCCCGUUACUGCUGAGCUGCAGUGCCAGCAGUUUAAAUGCAGCCACAGCAGAGGCCUCCAGCCACAGACGUUAAUCAACUAUCUCUUCACAAGGGCCAACGAUGCUGUUGUUCCUUUCCUGUCCAACAGAUGGCAGAAGCUCCCAAGUGUAAAGCUGCUCUAUUCAUGGCACGCUGCAAAGAGCAGCUUCCCUCUGUGAGAAAUGAUCAGCCUGAAAGAAACUGUGUGCAAAAUGUAUUAAGCAACAAAGAUAAUUCCCUCUAAGGACAUAGUCUUUUUGGUCACCUUCAUCACAUACAAACUAAGACUGUUUCAUGAUGUACCUUGUGGUAUUUUCAGAAAGUGUGACACAGAUUUGCCAGUAGGUUUAUUUCGCAAUUUUAACCAAAGAAUAUUUCUGGUGAUAAGUCCUUCUCCCACACAUCUGUGUCAAAGAGUUUUGACACCCAUUAUUUAUCCUGCUACAGAACUUAGCGAUUCCUGAAACAAAAGCUGGACAGCUUACGCACAAGUGGAAGUCUUGGUAUAUAAAGAUGAAGGAAUCAGGAACAUUGAUUAAGUAUUUAACAUUUCUAGAGAUCAUUUUCUGUGUAUUCCUUUCAUAGCAGUAUUUCCAUUCCCCCGUGCAGUAUAAUAGAUGAUUUAAACAAAGCUGAAUGUAUUAGUGCAGGAAAGUAGUGAACAUGCAAUACGCUGUGAUUCAUUGGGGUGUGAGUUCUGAGUAGCCAUGUUAGAGCCAAAUCACUUGUUAUGAAAUGCUAAUCUCUCAUCUUCUUUCAAAGCAUUAGCACAUUGACAGCACUGAGUUUAGCUGUGGACAAUCAGACAAAGGAAGCAGCUCAAUUGCAGUGUUGCAGCUCAGUGUUGAUUAAAACAACUUGCGGUUUUGGCUUGUGUGACGCAGAAAACUAAACAAAAUGCAAAAGGACUGUCGGUCGCUUCUAUUUUGACAAAUAUAAAGGACUGUAAAGAAGAGGUCUGUUUUAAUACUGUAGGUAAAGAGCCUUAGUGGGUGAGAAGCAAUAGCUAAAUCAAAUGCCACAUUGAGCACCUUCUGUACAAAAAGAAUAUGAUUAAAAAAAGUUACUUGCUCAUGUGUAGUUUGUAGUCAAACUCUCAUGUACAACUUUAAAGUGUAUUUGCCAUGUACAGACUGUUCUUCGUCUGUUUAAAUCAGAGCAGUUCAACAUGAUCUUGUGAAUUGAAAUGCUGAAUUCUGGACAGUUUUCUUUGUAUAGUUUGAAUUCAUAGGCCACCAUUAUGGAAAGAAUGUGCUUUAGCAUAUUCUUUAUGUUAAAAUCAGCUUUAUUAUCAACAAUGUACAGUUGAUUAUCUUUAUACUAUAUAUACGAUAUUUAUGUUAGAAUUAUUUAUUUGUUCUAUAAGAUUUCUGUUUGAUAUUUUCAGUAAAUUUUGCCUGGUCUGUAUGACAUGAAAAACUAAAGGCCGUCUACUGUUUCCAUCUGUGCAUGUAUUAAAAUGCUUUUCAUUUACAUAACCUCUUCUUAUAAUAAGACCAGCAAUGCGUUCGUUCACACUGGUAAUGGUAACGUUUACCAAUUCAAUCUAUUGAAGUAUAUGAUUUCUAAAUCUCCAAUGCACAAGUAUAACUUUCGUAACUCUUGU